AUGUCGUACUACAAUGACCGCCGCUAUGGCGAAGCCCGUGGUCGCAACCGUGGAUAUGCUGCAGGUUAUUAUGAUGAACACCCCGAUAGUCGGCGAUACGAUGAACAACGCGGCUAUGGCUCACGACAAGCACGCCGUCCACGACACGAAUUUCAACGUCGGUCAUCGUCAAUUGGUGGGGACCCUUCCUAUUACCUAGAAAAUCGUUCCCGACGGAACUCAUCUCGGCCAAACAAAGAUUCUGAAUGGCUCAGCGGUUCUUCAUCUAGGCCCAGCCGCGCAUCCCGCGAUCAAAGUCGUCGCCAAUCCACGGAUCAUGCCUCGAGAGCCAAUGAUUACCAUGACCGGCAUCGUAGCUAUGAUCAAGGCUCCAGUGAUAGUGAUAGUGAUCGUGAUGAAGGCCACAGUGGCUUCUUACGCGGCAAGGGCGGGCAGCUUUUAAUGCAUGCUGCUCUUCCCCUCAUAGCCGCCGGUGCUGCAGAGGCCUUGCGGUCGCGCAAAGAACCUGGAGAAUGGAAGGGAGACAAAGGGAAGAACGUUCUGUCGGCAGCCGUCACCAAUGGAUUGAUUGAUAAGGAUCCAAGCAAGCCUCAGAAACACCACAUCAUGGAUACUACACUUCGGGGCUUACAUGAAGGUGCCCCUAGCCGUGAAGAGAGAGCCGAGCUUCAGCGUCGAGUUGGCGGAAGCCGUACAUCGAGCAAUCUUAAGAAAGCUGCUGCAGCAGGUGCGGUGGCCUUCGCGGGAAAGGAGCUCUAUGACCGAUAUGUUCGCUCGCGAUCUCCAGCACAAGACUACAACGAUGACCGUUACAGAUCGAAGAAACGCAGUCAGAGUGUCUCGGAUGACUGGCACCGUGGAAUGAAGUCUCUAGACCAUGAAGAAAGCGAUGAUCAAAGAAGCGCUGGACGCAAAGGCAGGGAUGGUCAAUCCAACCACGAAGCAAGGUAUUCUAGUCGCGACCGCGACUCCAGGAAUUGGGAUUAUAGCUCUGAUGGGUAUUGA